UCUCUUAUCUCGUGCCAGGGUUUUUUAGGAGCUCCCUAAUCUUUUUCGCAGGCGUCCAGAUAUAAUGGCGGGCUUUGGAAAAGGCGAUGACGAUGUCUUCUUGGAUCUUGGUCACCCGGUUGUGAAUCGCUCCGUGGAGGCGUUUCUCAAGGCCGGCGCCGUCGGCCUCGUCCACGCGACCUCUCAGAUUGCUGCAAGGGAAGCGGCGGAUUUCGUGUCUACGAGCUUGAAUUCUGACAAGAAGUCUUCGAAGUGCCCGUUGCAGCUGGAAGAGGCGGCGUUUACCGUCGGGAAGCAAGCUGUGCAGUGGGGCCUGGCCUCUGGAAUCUAUUCGAGCGCCACGAUCAGUUUGAAGGAAGCCCGUGGUGUUCACGACUGGAAGAACGCCAUGUUUGGAGGAGCACUGGCUGGAGCCGCCGUGUCCCUGACGGAGCCCAAUCCUCGCGCCGAGGCCGUGGUGAGCGGUGCUCUAACGGGAGGGGCGGUUGCAAUCGCUGCGGAUUUCAUCGAGAAGCUCAUCUAAGUGAUCGAUUCUAGAAGCGCUCUCUUGUCAGAUAAGCAUUUUUUUAGAUAAAGUCUGGUUUCUUCGAAGAGUC